AUCCCUUACCACCACCUCGUUUUGAAAUCAAUAAGGAAAAAACUACACUCACAAGCUUGCAGGUUCAGUGGGAUCCUUCCUCAGGAAAGGUGGACUUUUAUAAUCUAGUAUUAUUUGAUCACAAUAAUAAAAAGAUACGAGAAGUCUCUGUACCAGGAAGAAUUUCAAAAACAGAAAAUACUUUUUCCAGUCUCAUUCCUGGGAAUAAAUACAACAUUGUCCUCAGUGCAGUUGCUGGAAAUAAGAGUACCCUGGAACUUCACAUAAGUGGAUCUACUGUUCCAUCCCCUGUGAAAAAUAUUCAGGUCAGUGUUGAGACAGACACUAUCCAUGCUUCAUGGUCUCCUGGCUCUGGGCACGUGGAUCGUUACAGGCUGGUGUUACUGGAUAAUCAUGUCCCAGUUCAUGAGAUUCACCAAGAAGAUCCUCUGACUUCCUACACUUUUUCAGGACUUACAGCGGGCCACCUGUAUAACCUCUCUAUCAUAACCCAGGCUGCAGGAUUGGAGAGCAGCAGUUUUCAAACAGUCAGGACAGCCCCAGCUGAAGUCUUAGAUUUGAUGGUGACUAACGAUGACAGCUUAGAUGCUCUAAAAGUUAAGUGGAGAAGACCUUCAGGAAACCUCAAUUUCUAUAAUAUCACCCUGUCUCAUCUUGGAUCAGUUAAAGAAGUCAAAACUCUACAGCCACCGGUCACAGAGACUCACUUUGACAAGCUAACUCCAGGACGUCUUUAUCAGGUUACUGCCCGCACAAUCAGUGGUGAACUGUUUACUGAUCGGAUGGCAACUGGCAGAACGUUUCCCCAGAAAGUUUCUGAGCUGAAAGCCGGUGGUGGUGGCUGGCUGAGGUCCCUGCGAGUCACCUGGCUGCCCCCUGCAGGAGACUGGGAGAGGUACCGCCUGCUCCUGUGGAACCUCUCAGCCCUGGUGCUCAACACCACCCUCGAGAAGGACACGACGGAAUACCUCAUCCACGACGUGGGCCUCAUCCCAGGGAGGCAGUACGAUGUGGACGUCAUUGUGGAGAGUGGCAAUUUGCAGAGCAAAACUAGCUGCACAGGGAGAACAGCUCCAGAGCCUGUUCUCCAACUCCGUGUGAAGCAUGCUAAUGAAUCUUCACUUAGUGUCAUGUGGAUGACCCCAGCUGCGGAAUGGGACAGCUAUGUGGUUUCACUGGGAGACAGGGAUCUUACUGUCAUAAAAAAAGGGCUUGCAAAAGAAGCUAAGGAAUUCACUUUCACAGAGUUGGUACCUGGAAGAAAAUAUACAGCUACCAUCACUACCAUUAGUGGGAUUUUAAGCAACUGGACUUCAGUGGAAGGAAGAACAGUGCCAGCCCAAGUGACUGGUCUGACUGUGGCAAGUCAGGGAUCAACCAACAGCUUGUUCACCAACUGGACAAGAGCACUGGGAGAUGUAGACUCGUACCAGGUGCUACUGAUUCACGAGAAUGUUGUCAUUAAAAAUGAGACUGUUCCCAGUGAAACCAACAGAUACCAUUUCUAUCCCCUGAAACCUGGAGGACUUUAUUCUGUUGUUGUCACCACUGUCAGCGGGGGGAUAUCUUCAAGGCAAACGAUCGCAGAGGGGAGGACAGUUCCUUCCAGUGUUACUGGAGUAACAGUAAAUAACUCAGGUCGAAGUGACUACCUCAGUGUUUCUUGGCUGCCAGCUUCUGGAGAUGUAGACAGUUAUUCGGUAACACUCUCUCACGAUGGCCAGAUUGUUCAGACUCUCACCGUUUCCAAAUCCUUCAGUGAAUGCUCCUUCAGCAGCCUUACUCCAGGCACACUUUACAAUGUGAUGAUAACCACGAAGAGUGGGAAGUAUGAAAAUUAUUCCUUCAGCCAGGAACGAACAGUCCCUUCAAGUGUUCAGGGACUUACUGUCAGCAAUUCAGCCAGAAGUGACUACUUGAAGGUGUCCUGGUUACAUGCCUCCGGAUAUUUUGAUAAUUAUGAAGUGAUCAUCAAGAACAACAAUGAUUUCAUCCAAACAAAAAGUGUCCCAAAGGAUGAAAAUGAAUGUGUGUUCACUAAUCUGGUUCCAGGGAGGCAGUACAGUGUCACAGUCAGCACAAGGAGUGGGAAAUACGAAACUAGUGAAAGGGUCUAUGGGAGAACAAUGCCAGAGUCAGUGAAGGAACUGACUCUUAGUAACAGAAGCACAGAAGAUCUGCAGGUAACUUGGUCAAAGGCUGAGGGGGAUGUUGAUAAAUACGAGAUUCAGCUCCUCUUCAAUGAUAUGAAGAUUUUCCCACCCAUUUUCCUUGGAAACACCAUUGAGGAGUAUUGGUUCACGGCUCUGACUCCAGGACGUCUGUACAAAAUUCUUGUCUUGACAAUCAGUGGAGAUGCACAACGUGCUACUUUCAUAGAAGGCUUGACAAUUCCAAGUGCAGUCAGAAACAUUCAUGUGUCACCUAAAGGCAUGACAAACAGCCUGAAAGUCAGCUGGACUCCUGGAGGUGGAGAUGUUGAUUCCUACACAGUGACUAUAUUUCAGCAAAACCAUCAGCUUGAUUCCCAAAGUGUCUCCAAACACAUCUCUGAGCACGUGUUUCACAAGUUGGAAGCUGGGGAGCAGUACCGCGUGGUGGUGCAAUCUAACAGUGGUACAUUGCACAACAGCUUAGCAACUUUGGGGAGAACAAUUCCAGCUUCUGUCCAGGAAUUAUUAGCCCAUCAUGCUUACAGCAGUCAUUCCUUGUUAGUAAGCUGGCAGAAAGCUCCUGGUGUAGCUGAAAGAUAUGACAUUCUGCUCUUGAAUGAGCAAGGAAUCCUCCUGAGCAACAAAUCAGAGCCAGCUACUGCCAAACAGCACAAAUUUGAAGAUUUAUUAGCCGGCAAGAAGUAUAAAAUACAAGUUUUGACAGUCAGUGGCGGGCUCUUCAGUAAACGAGCAGAAACUGUUGGUCGAACAGUUCCAGCAGCUGUCACAAAUCUGAAGGUCACAGAGAACACCACUGACCGACUGUCCUUCAGCUGGACCACCUCACAAGGGGAGCUUGAUUCAUAUGACAUCUUCCUAUACAACCCAGACAAGUCCCUUCAUGACAGGAUUUCAGGAGAGCAGCACCUCCAGCAAUGUUCGUUCCAGAACCUGCGGCAAGGCAGGAUAUAUCGAAUGGUGAUUGUUACCCAUAGCGGAGACCUGACUAAUGAGUCAUCUGUCUUUGGAAGAACAGUACCAGCUCCAGUUGUUGGACUUAAGGCAUCCAACCGAAACAUGACAGACAGUCUGUGGUUCACCUGGGGUCCAGCAGCAGGAGAUGUUGACUUCUAUGAGCUGAAUCUUUACAACCCAAAUGGGACACAAAAAGAAACAUGGCACAGGAAAGACCUGGAAGAAUGGCAUUUCCAGGGGCUCAUUCCUGGCAGAAAGUACACUCUGGUUGUGGUGACUCACAGUGGUGACUUGACCAACACAGCAAACGCUGAAGGAAGAACAGCACCCAGCCCUCCUAACACUGUAUCCUUUACUGAUGUUGCAAACACUUCCUUAUCAAUCACUUGGCUGGGUCCUCCAGACUGGACAGACUAUGACGAUUUUGAGUUGCAGUGGCUUCCAAAAGAUCCCCUCACAGUAUUCAAUCCCUACAGCAGCAGCAAAUCAAAAGUACGCAUCAUCUAUGGCCUGCGACCGGGAAGACUCUAUGAGUUCAGUGUCAGAACAGUCAGUGGUGACAGCUGGAAAACGUACAGUCAGUCACAGUCUGCAAGUGUGAGAACGA